UGAAUGUGUGUUUACCAUUGUUCCGCAGGUGUGUUCUAUCUGGAUGCCCGUUGACCCCGUUCCCAUGGAGACGUGUGUGCAGUUCGUGCGCGGGUCGCAAGGCUGGGGCUGGUUCUACCCCAGGAAGUUCGCCACCACGCUCAACUACAGUCUGACGGGGGCCGACACAGGCAGCAAGACUUUCCGGGAUGUCCCGGAUAUAGACGGGGACAGGGACAAGUACGAUAUUCUCACCUGGGACGUGCAGCCCGGAGACUGUAUCGUGUUCCACAUGAAGACCCUACACGGCGCGCCCGCCAACCCGUCCCUGUCUCUGCGCAGGCGCGUGGUCUCCACACGGUGGGUGGGGGAUGACGCCGUGCUGGCCGAGAGGCCGUGGGAAGUCUCUCCGCCAAUCACAGGAGGUCUUACGUACGGCGACAAGAUGGCGUGCGACACCUUCCCGCUCAUUUGGAAGAGAGACUGAGACUGACAAACUUUCUAUCACUACGUCAUCUCCAAGCAGAUGUUUGAAGUAAUGCCGUCGUUCCGUAAUUUUUAUUGCAACAAUUGAUGAGAAGACGUGAUGACGACACACUCAUGCCCAUAGCUUAUGUUCAUGUCGUCGUCAAAACAACGGACAUUACAAAAGUAUACAGUGUAUCUCCAAGCAGAUGUUGGGAGUGAGGAUCAAAAUGCCGUCGUUCCGUAUCUUUUUAUUGCAACAUUUAAUGACAGGACGUGAUGCCAACAAAACAAAAGGGCAUCAUAAAGGUACAUUGAAACAAAAGCAGACACACAAAGCGCUAGAAUGACUAAAUUUGAGAUAAAAGUGAUACUUACAAGAUUUGUUGAUAGGGUAUGUAACAAAAACGAUAUUUGUAUACAAGUAUAUUUAUAUGCAGGUCUCGUAUUUUAUUGAUUUUUUAGUGUUUAACUUGAUUAUAACAAAUAGCUAUGAUAAUUCCGAAAUAUUGAUAACAAUAAAACAACUCUCCAAGGGUGGCCAGUGUAGCACUGUUAGACUGCGUGUAAGAGUCACCAUUAUGUACACCUGCCCUUAUAUGGAAUAUCUGCUGUAAG